AUGGAUGCUCUAUACUACCACCUCUCUCCAACGGCGACACAUCUUACGCAUCAAUCCCCCUUCAGCGGCUUCGACACUGCGUGCCCACCAUCAUCGCCUGCAUGGCUGCUAUGCAUAAUAUCCGUACUCGCCAUUUGGCUCCUUGUCCUACCAACAUACCUGUCCCGAACCCGCCAAAGGCGAGAUAGAAGCCCAGUGACAUCGCUGGCGUCCGCUGGCAUUCCCAAUCACUAUUCCGACUCUAUGAUCACACUAUCCUCAUCACAGACUACCAUCGGGGCGCUAGGCGAGGAACUAUCAGAACACGCGGCGACCUCGCCGUAUCCUCGUGACCCUUCCUGUUCUACGAACCCAACUCCAUACGCUUUCACAUCCCUCUGUGAUCGGCUCGUCUUGACGAACACCGUAUGGGAACAGCAGAAGGAGCUGAAGGUCCUUCGAUCGGUCAAUCGGACCAAAGAGCAGGCCCAUGCCCGGUCUACAUUCGCCGCCUUUACCGAUCGCUUGCUUCUCCAGAAUCGCAUAUGGCAGCAGGAACGACAGAUUUCAGAACUACGCGCUUCAUGUGAGCGGCUGAAGAAGGCUCAGGAGUCCAUGAUCACGCGAACGGCUGAGAAGAUGAUGGUAGACGUGAGGAAGGAGGGGCUGGUGGAAGAUUUCGUCAUGGACCUCAUCGCCGAGCUAGAGGCUUCCAAGAAGGAGAUCUUGUCGGUCCGUGAAUCUUACGAGAGGGAGAUCACGGAGAUCAACUGCGAGUGGAUGAAGGAUUAUCAGCGUCUAGUGCAUGAGGUGGACGGUUUGAAGCUUGGACAAGAGGCACGGUACAUCGAGCAGGAGUUAUCAAGCGAGGUGGAGAUGUCUCUAGCGGAUGACCUGAAGACCACCCGGCGCAAAGCGGAGAUCCUAGAGGAGAAGGUCCAGACCUACGAGAUGCUGGAAGCAGCCUCAUCGAAUGUGUCGCUGUACCCCGCUGGACCUUGUGCUUGUUCCUCCUCCCACUCGUUAUCCUUCACGAACAUCGACGCCAUAACUCCGGCACGCAGGAUGUCUGCCGAAUUCGACGACGAUGAUACCCUGGCCGACUUCUCUAUCGCCAGCACAAGCACGUUUACAAAGUACGAUAUGUCAGACGCUUCGUCCAACCUGCAGGCAUCCCCGAUCGGCUUGAACUUCUUGCACCAACGUUGUGUGCACGGCCAUGGGACUCGAUCGUCAGCGCAUCUGUGUCUACCUAAGGGACGUUAUGGGUACGAUGAAAGCUCCCCAAAUGCUGUGUCAAAUAGCAUCCCUCCUUCCUCUGUUGCAGUUUCCCGCAUCCCGGGCACGUGCCAUCACAACCAAGUUUUCUUCGCUCCCCCUUCGAUCGCCAAUACCACUUUGUCUACCGGCUCGCGGAGAGACGUCCAGGGCGCAGACCGCUCGAAACGCCCUACGCUGAUGCCUCUGAAGCUGUCGAUGUGGUCGCAUAGAAGGAAGGACCAUCGGUCACCUACUUCGGCCUCGGCGAGGAAGGCACUGAGCCCCGCUUCGCGAUCAAGGAAGCGCAUGAAACUAGGUAUUUGGAGACCUUAA